GUUUUUUUUUUUUUUUUGCCUUCGGCUUUUCAGGUCUUCGCUCUUAUUUAUCGGCCGCGACUCCCUGUUUUUUUUUUGUCGCUUUUGAGCUCUAGUUGUCAGCUCGCAAUUGCUCGAUUUCUCGAUACGCUGUGAGCCAGUUAUUCCUGGGUCCUCUGGUGCGACACGAUCAAUGAGCACCAAUUGCCAAAGAACACUUGUUGACUUCUCCAAACAAACACGUCGUGGGUCCGCUUUCUGUUUUGCUUUUUUGUUUUUUUUGUUUUGCUUUUAUGUUUUUUUGUUUUGCUUUUAUGUUUUUUUGUUUUGCUUUUAUGUUAUUUUGUUUUGCUUUUAUGUUUUUUUGUUUUGCUUUUAUCUUUUUCCUCACUUUGGCUCGAUCUCUGCAAGACGGGGUUCCGAAUAUGCGCUUCCUGGCUGAUGCCAAAACUGGUUUGCGCUGCUGGAAUCGGCUGGUAUGCGAUAAGCGUCCGC